GAACCACAUGGGUAAAGUGUGGAAAUCGCUGUCAGAAGAGGAGCAAGCCAAAUAUUAUAAAGAGGCAAACAAAGAGAGACUGCUUCACUCACAGCAACACCCUGACUGGUCACCCAGCUACAAUUAUGACAAAAAGAGAGUGAGGAAGAGGAGCAAGGCUUCCACCAGCAUUGAAGACAGGUGUGAUGGAGCCCUCUAUCUCACACACAGUCCUGAUGCAGCGGCCUCAUGUACAGACUGCAGUGGGUAACAUCUGGCACCUGCAACAGAUGUAUUAGAGCUACUGGCCGGACUCUACAACAACAGCGUCCACAGUUCUGGUCUCUCCAGCUGCACCAAGUGGAACAUAGACAACAGAGACCACAUGUGAUGGAGCACCUUGAGCCGGAUGGGGCACCUCAGCGGUCCUCUACUGUAGAUCUGUUGAUCAAAUAAAUGUGUAAAAAACAUGAAAAAAUACGUUGAAGGUGUGGUCAGAAUA